AUCGCUCAAUCUCAGUUCAGCUGUGCAGUCUAGAGUGGUCGAACAGCCUAGCUUUUUGACUUAAAAAACGUUUAUUUUUGACAACAGAAAUUUAAAAAAAAAAACUUCCUUUAAAAAGGACUCAUUAAAUAACGUGAAAAUAAAAACCAAAAAACAAAAAAAAAAAAACCAACAGUGGCAAAAAAAACGCCCCAAACAUGUGCUCAAAAAGUCAGGAUCUAAGCAAGCGCACAUUCUUCAUACUUAGUGGAGUAUCCAAUGCCUUGGGCAGGUCAUUGGCCAUCGAAAUGUGCCGCCACUACAGCGCCGAUUCCCUUGCCAUACUCAUCGACCCCUCCGAGGAAAAUUUGCAGGAAGUAAAGAAAGAAAUUGAAUACCUAGAACGUGGUAUUAAUGUCGUUUGCUGGCCGAUCAAAGUGUGGCAAGAGGCCAACGGCACUUACUUCCGUCAGCUACUCGCCGCAAUUUUUGAGAAAUACACCGCUACCAAAUGCGAAUUCGAACUCGCCUUCAUACUUCACAACGAGGGCAAGAUGGCAACUAAUAAUUUGAUGGAACCACAGUUGACUGAGGAUUGGUUGUCCUUUGUGCAGGAGAACCUCUACGCGCCCAUUGCACUCAAUAGAGCCUUCCUAAGCGCACCGCAACUAACCAAAAUCACAAAACUUGUCGCCAACAUCACAUCCAGCUUGAUGAUCCGUCCAUUCGUUUAUAAUUCAUUGUUGUGCUCUUGCAUGAAAGCACGCGAUAUGUACUUCCGUUCGAUGGCCAAUGAGGAAAUACGCAAUGACGUUAAUGUAAUCAGCUACUCGCCGGGCAUUUUGGAAACACACAAGCCACAAUUGGACGCGAACAACAAUGAGGUCGAUUUGUCGGAUUUGGGUGUGAACGAAAAAUGGCUGCAGUUGCCACGUGUCAAUGCUAGGGAAUCUUCGCUUAAAUUGAUUAACAUUCUGCAAGAAAUGUCCUUUAUUUCGGGACAUGACGUCGACUACUAUGACACCUUCAAUUUAUGAGGAGCACUAAUGAAAUAUUAUCACACAUGCGCUAAUCAUGCUAUAAUACUGCCGUGUGGUAAUAUUUCAUUGGAAAUUUUUGCUUAUUUGGUGUUGCUGCUGAUUAAUGGUGAUAUUUUGAGAGAGAAUUAUGAAAAAAUUAAAAAUAAAAUAUUACAAGAAAUUCUUUCGGCGAACAUCGAAGAUGGCGAGAACGAAGAAGAAAAAGAAA